GCGGCAAGCUCUCACUCGGGUGUAACGUUCAGGUGCGAUUUACUAUCAGAGGUGAAAACUCCUGAAGUCGCAACGAUGGAUUAUAUCUGACUAACGGAUAACAUCAUUUAUAAAAAAAAAAUAAAAUAAAAAAAAAAAAAACAUGUUGACGCACCGGUGCAGCUUUGGAGACAAGGCUGAUUAAAGUGAAAGUAACGACUCACGGUUCCUAAUGACUUUCGCCUUUUCUCAUACUCUCCUUAUUCUCCCCGUUGUCAUUUUUUCUGUUUCGAAUGGCACGUUUCUCAUGCCGUCUUCCCUCUCUAUGGCUCUUAUGUUGGGGGUUCUAAUCUUUCACUCCAUGAACUAACCAAUCCCUCACAACGCUGACUAUUUCUUCUGUUGGUCCUCUCCUCUCCUCUCCUCUCCUCUCCUCUCCUCUCCUCUCCUCUCCUCUCCUCUCUCUGUCAUGUCUGUAUCUAUGAGGAACCCACCCCAGCGCCGGCGCUCUCUGGGUCCUGUCUCGCCCAAACGCAUCUACAGAAACCUGUCCGUCAGACUGAGGGGUGGAGAGUCAUCUGUUGCCACGGAGAUCCCACCCAAACACCUCAGCAAGUCUGCAGAAGUUUACAAGAACCUGUGGGAGGCAGUGGAGAAUGAGGACACUUUGGCCGUGCAAAGCCUGCUGUCCAGAGACCACACCAAGUGUGGAGGAGGAGGAGGAGGAAGCAUGUGGGAGAGAGGGGAGAAGAAAGAGAAGGACUGGGAGAGAGAGAGGGAGAAAGGGGUGAACAGGGUGAGCGAACAGGGCCUGGUCCCCCUGGACGUGGCUGCCCUUACCCACAAUUCCCCUCUGCUCAAUGUGUUGGCAAAGGCAGGAGCCAGACAUAACCCUGUUUUGUGCCGCCCAGCGGAGUGGUCGCUUAAGCUGGAUGCUCUGGUGGCACUGGCGGGUAAACGGGUGGAGGAGGGGAAGCAGGAGUUACUGAGGAAGGCAGGGGCAGGGCCUCAGGCAAAGACUGAUGUCCAGAGACACAUCAGCUUCUGGAGCCUCAGGCUGCAACUGUACUGCCGGAUGAGACAGAACUUCCAUAAAACAGAGCUCCCUGGGCCUCCCAGUCAUGUGUCCAUACUGGUGACCAGCACAUCCUCUCUGUUUGUGGUGAUCCAAGAGCCAGAAGGUGACACGGUGGGGCUCAUCACCCGCUACAAAGUGGAAUGGAGCACCUCAGCCAGCUUCAAACGCAUCCUUGGCUCAGCCCAAGUUACAGAGACCAAGAACCCAUCCCAUAGUAUCAAGGGACUCACAGCAGGAGUGCAUUACUUUGUAAGAGUGAGUGCCUACAAUGUGAAAGGAUGGGGCCCGCCUCAGUGCUCUACUCCAGUCAGCGCUGCCCCCUCCAGUUGGAGAGAGUGCAUCGGUGUGAAGUCACAGUUCAGAAAUCACGAGGGCCUUGUGAGGAAACUGCUGGAAGACGCCAGAGAACCACAUUACAGAGGAUACUGCAUAGAGAGCUCUAAGCCCCAGAGUCCCAGCAAGCGUCUCUCUGUGUCUCGAGGCAUCAAACAACUGUUCCAGUCCGCCACCAAGUUUGUUCGUCUCCUACAGAGGGGCGUGUACUUGGCUACUGUGUUCUACUACAAGGAAAACAUCCUGGUGACAGCUGAAGAUCAAAUCCCAGUGGUGGAGAUCCAUUGCUGCUCCACCUCCAUCAUCCACGACUUUCUUUGGUUUGCCAAGUUGUCCUGUGCAUGGCAACAAGUGCCCUGGCUCCAGCAGGCCCUUUCCUCUGCUCACUCAUCCCCCUCCUCCCUCCUUCAGAACAGGCAUAACAUUUUAAGAGCUGUUUCCCAGCUGCAGUCUUCUCUGGGAACAAUGGAACUGGGCCAGGUGUACUACGAGCCUCUGAAAGACCGGCAGGGCAACGUCAUACUAGUGACUCUGAAGGAGUUCCCAAAUCCUCCCAGCCCUCCUGACCCUCCACUCCACUGGAUGCCCCUAGACCGCCUGGAAAAGAACCGUAGCAGAACUCCUCUGCUGCCUGAGCCCACUUCCAUGGACAUGCUCUAUGAGCAGCUCAAGGAGAUGCUAUCCCUCCACAGGCGCAGCAUUCAGGUGACCCAGCCCGGUCUGUACGUUGGCAUUCUGAAACUGUGCAGCUCAGUGGAACAGAUCAGAGUCCUGGUGCCCCAAAGGCUGCCCAAUCUACUCUGCCACACACGGGUCCGACACAAUGCCCACGUUUCCAGAGAGGAGUGGGCGUGGCUUCAGAGUCAUGUUAACACCACAGCCAAUGGCGGCGUUCUGAACCUGUUGAGUGGCGAGGACGAGGGAGCGAUGGAGAGCAGCAGCCUGGUGGAGUUCGUCAGGUCUCUGAGAACAGCAGUCACACAUCUCCUGACAAAGCUCAACAUCCCCCUCUACAGGGCGUAUCAAUAUGGUGUGUACACCCGGGAGCUGCUGCAGUUUGGAGACAAGAUGUCCAUGGUGCUGCUGCUGCCUCCCAGUGAGGACUUCAGCUCCAGCUACUGGCCUCUGGUGGGCACCAAAGAGUCUGGGCUCACCAUGCCCCUGCAGAUCUUUGAGCUGGUUCACUUCUGGACGUAUGAACGGGACUUCCUGUCCCAGUACUGCAAGGCCUGGGUGGGGCUGGAGCUGGACACUCAUCUGGCACAGCAGGCUCUACGGGAGGCGCUGGACACCAAGGAGGUGCAGGAAGCCAGAGAGCGCCUGACCCACGUCACCGAGCUUUCCCAACGUCUGGAUGUGGUGUGGAGGGAUUCCCGCUGGAUCAUGGACUGUCUGCAGUGCGUUCGGUCCAAGCAGUGGGUGGGGGCGGUGCCUCUAGGCCUGGUGAUGGGAGGAGACCCGCCGCCACGUCCAGAAGGCGAGGAAGAGAGGGAGAGUUUGACUGCCAGACUGACGUGGCCCCAUCAGAUACAAGCACAGAGAGCCAUUGCAGAGUGUUCAGCCAGUGUGACCCCACCAAAUGUCAUCUCUGCCGAGAUUUCCGCUCCAUCGGGAGUCAUGGACGUCCCUGAAGAGGCCGCGCUGUUAAUGGAGGGUGUAGUGAAGGGAGGAUACCCUGUAGACAUUCCCACUCAAUCAACUGUAGACUUGACAAGCAUUGGCCAGUCAGAAUUAGGAUGUGAAAGCGCUUUUAACAAAUCUAGACUAGAGCCCGGUGCUGUUGAACAGUUUAAAGUGGGCUACACAGUUUUAGACAAACGUGAGGAACAGAACUUUCCUUCCAGCAUCAGUGAUGUAAUCCGGCCAAUGGAGAUGGCAGAGUUGGUGGACAUCUUGCCCACGCUGAGUCUCAUUGAGGAAGAGACGCCCAGUGGCCUGUCCUCACCAUCAGUUAUGGAUAUGCUAGAGAGCUUCGGACUGAGGAUCGGCGAAAGCAAAACCUUCUUCGACUUGGAGAAUUCAGACUUGAUCAACGGAGCCGGGUGUCUGUCAAAGCCCAACCCGGACUGUAACAGCACCAGUAGCGUGACAGAAACUCACUGUAAGAACUCGGGCAUGUUGGCCUUCCAUGGCAAGGUGAAUGCCACAGGUGGCGACGUGUCUGUUAUGAGCUGGCAUUUUCCUCCAGAGGAUACAGAGACUCAGCAGGUUCCCAGCAAGGGAGCGUGCUUUACGUUAAGACACCAGGUGGAGUGGGACAGACCUGCUGACAGUUCUUCCUGAUAUCGACUCAAGCACCAGCCUACUUUGUAAAAAACCAAAUCAGUAGGCUGCAGCAUAGUUGAUUUACAGACAGAAAAUCCUAGUUGGACAUUUUUUAUUUUGUCGAUCAGUGUCCAACAUUUAAUAUGAACUGCUGUGGAGGUAAAUUGUGGAGGAAAAUUCAAGUGACAUCGAAAUACAACUUCAUCUAACACAUGAUUUAUGUGGUUUGCACAUUUCUGGGCCUCUAGUUCAUAUUUUCUAAUAUUCAGUUCACUGGAGCUUAUUGUGUGGAAAAACUAAACUAUAGUCAUAGUUUUUAUGACUUGAAGCUCCAUCACUCACUACAGGACAAAGCAACAUUGCUGCUCAGUGGAGCUAGUAAACAAACUCAUUAAAAUGGAAAUGUUUGCUUUGCAGUCUAUAAAAGGCUGCCAUGCUGUACUGUAUGUGUAGUAAAUCGUUGUGUUUCUCUUUGGUUUACCUGUGUGCACUUUGGCAUUACAUAACAAAACAGAAGCAAGAUUUAUAAUCCUGUUGCUUAUAUAUUAACUGCUGUCGGUCCUACCGAGUUCUACCGGUUCCUGCCAGUUCUGAUAUCCAAGUUCUGAGCCCAGAUAUGGACAGAUAAUGAGAGAAGAAACGCAUGUUGCGUGGGUGCUGCAAGAAAACCAAACUCAAGAUGUGAACUUACAGUUGUGAGAAGGACGUAGAGGAUCAUUUCUUCUUCAGUUUCCUUAGUUACGGUAUUUUCACCAAUGAUCCUUCACUACAAAUGCCUAUACAAAAGCAGGAUUUCAAAAAGUACUCAAAAGUUUCUUUUAUUUGCCUACUACAUUACAAUUGUCUGGGCCUCAAUUUGUUAAGGAAAAUGCAAGCCAUUCAAAUUCCCACAUUCAUGUCUGCUCUUUUUUGCUUCGGAGAUUUGUUCUCACAUUGUUGUAUCUGUAUCUUUACCUCCUUCUGCAUGGCAGAGAUUGAACUACAGCCAAGGAAACACGCACACAGCUUUUUUAAUGUUUUGGUAGUAACCAAAGAGAGAGUGAGCGAAUUGUGAUGAUUGGAUAAAGAGUUUGUGUGUCAAAGGGAAUUACAGGGACAAUGCAGACAACACAGACUGGAAUAAAGGCUGGAGAGAAAUAUUAAGGCGCAUGUGACAAGUGUCAGAGUGAGGUGAAGGUUUUCCUGCUUGAAUCUCUGCUUUUGUCUUGACAACGGAGCGGUGAAAUAAAGUGAUGUAUUCGAGGCAUACUGAAAUGACAAGAAAAGAUUACAGUUGAACAGAAUGAGCUUUUCCUUAUAUGGCUCCAUAUAUGGCUGUUUUUUAUUAGGAGGUAUUAUCUUUGGUAGGAAAAUGAUAAAUACUUAAGUGAGUUAAAACAUUCAAACUUCAUGAAUGGUCAUUAUGUAUUCAACUGUUAAGUCAGUUGAACUGCUGCCCAAACUACUGUUGUUAAAAAUCCUAUUAAAUACUGCCUGCUUUAGCAUUCUAUGUUUGCAUUCCCUAAA